AUGAUCGGUGUUGAAGCUGGGGCUGAGAAUGGCUGGUUCACUGGAAACUCGUGCUCGCAAGUGAUGGAUCACAUUAUGCGUGUCUACGUGGACUCCUCUCUAGGUCUCAACUCUGAUAAUGCUGUCUCAAAACUGGCACCAACUCCUUCGCCCGGUGCGCAAAGUCCAAAUGUGCUCGAUGAAGCUCUAUCCGAGGCGACACCUGUAAAACCCACAGGAUUGACCUUGGAACAGAAGCGUCAGUUGGCUGCUGAACAAACGCAACGGGAACGAUUACAGGCCCAACAGUCUCUGGCACCAGUCUCUCAAACACAGUCAAAUCGAAUGAACACUCCAUCCAAGCCUGUCCCUCGAGAUCUGACAAGCACUUUGAUAGACUCAAAUCUGGCCUCUAUGACUCAACGUCCCGUCGUGAUGAAUACGCCCAGCCCUGCGCUCAGUGGUAUCGGACUACAACCGCCCUUAAUGCAACCAUCCGGAUUUCGACCUUUAAUCAAUCCAAGUGGCUUCCUCACCCUACAACAAGACAAGACUGAGUGGAGAAAUCGGAUUGGUGAUACUUUCAAUUUUCCGUCCUAUCUUCGCGAAAAACGCUCGAUUUGUCAAUAA